AUAAGCAUUUUUUUUUAAUUCCGAUGACAUUGAGAGUCGGAGUCGAAGAAGAAAUUUCCGGGGGAAUUCUGAAUAGAUAAUGGUAUGGAAUACAAAUUCAUGUUUCUUUUACUGGUACUGUUGGUGAAAACCUUUCCGACAACAAAAGGUACUCACAUCUCUGGUACUAUAAUAUGUCACACGCUCACGCAAUACACAAUCGAAUCCGACAAAACAUGUCUAACGGGUACAGACAUUGGUAAUAUCUUGUCCUUGUUUGUGAAUGUCGACCUGAAGCUGGUAACAACGGAAGGAAACUAUGUCUCACUGUCCACAGAACCAUGUUCAUGUGCUGGAUCGUUUUACAUAAACGAUACCAUGUCUACUAUUUACACACAGAAGACGGUGAAUCUGCUUCCAACUGGCCAACUUACAACUUACAAUUGUGGAGAUUUCUACCUUUACAACAUUCACACUUUACAAUAUUACAACAAUCUUUACAAUGCUCACUUUUGCUUAGAUACACCCGCCUGUUCCACCCUGAAUUCAACAUCAACAGUGACAGAUAGUGCCUUAAAAACGUGUCCAGAGGUUCAACCCGUCUUAAUGGAAUCAGUAGAUGGCAGACAAUUGGAGCCAGUGUUUCUGUGCAUCUUUCCUCCUCUAGCUGAUGACGUAAUUUAUGACGUAUCCUGGUUCAUCAAUGACGAGGAAUUGACUUGGGCAUCAUCUACCUCUGUGUCCUAUCCUGAGAUAAACUCAACUGUUCUCAGGCCCUCCAAUUGGACAGGAAAAUACUCACUAAAUUUUAAUGUAGCAUGUGCAGUGAAAGUACAUAAUGUGUCCUCUUUGGAUGUCGGCCCAAUGUACAAGAGCCGCAACUUUUUUGCUGGAAUCAAA